CUGACAAGUCAAACGAAGAUUCUAUCUUGGCUGUGCAAAGCAUCGACUUCCAUAUCGAAGACAAUGUUACUGAACAUUUUACGGGAGAUUAUGAUAUCGUUCAAUCCGAACCUGGAGUCCUGGUCAUUAGGAGGGGUUUCCCAUUUAAACUUGGAGUCACAUUCCAUCGUGGAUAUGACAAGGAGAAAGAUGUCGUUUGUCUCGUUUUCACUGCAAAAGAUGCCACAAAUCCAUCAUACGCACAAGGUACCAUGAUCUUCUGUCCAGUUGUGCCCUCAGAUAAUUUAGUGCUGCCAUCUGACGGAUGGCAGUCCAAACUCUUGAGCGUUGGAGAAGAUAAUUCGAUACAAAUCGAAGUAACUCCCACUCCAACUUGCAUAGUCGGAGAGUGGAUUGUCGAAGUCGAUACAAAAGUGAAAAAGGAACGGGAAGAGCAAGCUAAGUCUUUGAGGCACACAUCCAAGCAACCAAUUUAUAUAUUAUUUAAUCCUUGGUGCAAACAGGACACCGUAUACAUGAGUGAAAGUGAACACAGGAAAGAAUAUGUUCUUAAUGAAGGAGGUCUGAUUUGGAGAGGAACAAAUAAUAGGCUGAGACCUACAGUUUGGAAUUAUGGACAGUUUGAAAAAGACGUUCUUGAAUGUUGUUGUUAUUUAUUGGGCCAUAUUUCAAAACUUUCAAUCGUGUCUCGAGCAGAUCCAGUCAAAGUUGUGCGACAUAUAUCUGCUGUGGUGAACUCUCCAGACGACAACGGAGUGUUAGUUGGUAACUGGUCAGGUGACUAUGGUGGUGGCCAAGCUCCUACAUUUUGGGGUGGAAGUGUGGCGAUACUACAGCAAUAUUACAAAAACAAGAAGCCAGUUAAGUAUGGUCAGUGCUGGGUCUUCUCCGGUGUUGUAACAACAGUUUGCAGGGCGCUUGGUAUUCCCUCCCGAAGCGUGACCAACUUUGCCUCUGCUCACGAUACGCACAACAGUCUUACGAUCGACUAUUUCUACAACGAAGAUGGUGAACCUAUAGAAAAGCUGAACAUCGACUCUGUAUGGAAUUUCCAUGUUUGGAAUGAAGUUUGGAUGGAAAGGCCGGAUUUGGAGCCAGGCGGAUACUCUGGAUGGCAAGCUAUCGAUGCCACUCCUCAAGAAGAAUCUGACGGCUUAUAUCGCUGCGGUCCUGCCAGUGUUGCAGCCAUCAAACGAGGGGAAAUUCAGAAAGGUUAUGAUGCACCUUUCGUGUUUGCAGAAGUAAAUGCUGAUAAAGUAUACUGGAGGUAUCAGGGAAAAAACAAUCCGCUGAAACUCAUCAGUAAAAAAACGGAAGCAAUUGGCCAGUCUAUAAGCACAAAACAAGUUGGUUCAUAUGAGAGACAAGAUAUAACAAACGAAUACAAGCACCAAGAAAAAAGUCGGGAGGAGAGAGAAGUGAUGUUGAGAGCCUUAAGGCAAAGUGGAAAUGCGUUCUCGAGGUACUACUUAAAUGACGAAUUUGAAGAUAUCCAUUUCGAUUUUCAACUAAAGGACGAUAUCGUCAUCGGAUCUCCAUUCAAUGUUAAACUCACUAUCAGAAACAGAGGUUUAGAUAAGAGAACCUAUACUGUAAAAGGUGUGUUAGCAGUUCAUACAGUACUUUACACAGGAGAGCUGAAGAAUGCAGUGAAAAAAGAAAGAUUUGAGCACAGGAUAUCGGAAGAUGCUGAACCCGUUGAAGUGAUAAUGAAUGUAUCAUUUGAAGAAUACGAGAAACUUUUAGUGGAUCAAGGCUCAUUUAACAUGAUUGCCAUGGCCCAUGUGGAGGAAACUGGCUUCGACUAUUUUGCACAAGAUGACUUCAGAGUGAGGAAGCCCGACAUAAAAAUCGAGGUCGAAGGAGAUACAAGCCAGGGAGAAGAAUUUAAAGUAAAAGCUCAACUGAAAAAUCCCUUACCAAAACCACUGAGAAAAGGUCGCUUCGUUAUAGAAGGCCCGGGAUUAGGACAGCCAUUGGAACUCAGAGUGAAUGGGGAAGUGGCGCCGAGCGGAGCUGCUGAAGUCGUCUGCAAAAUGCGACCGAAGACCGCUGGUGAAAAGAAUAUCGUCGCCAAAUUCUGGUCGAGAGAACUUGAUGACGUAGAUGGAUAUCACAUCAUAAAUGUUAAAGCAAGACCAGAGCCAGAAAUUGUGAAACCGACUGAAAAUGAUCUUACAAAUUAAGUGUCAUAUCAUCAAUAUUUGUUCGGCUAUUGAACGAUUUUAGACUAUUUUAUUUAUCAUACUGCUUUUUUUUUCCAAUUCAAGAAUGUAAGUAGAAGAUAUUUGUAUUUCAAACAGACGAUGUUUGGAAGUAGUGUUCUCGAAAUUUGUGAGGAAUUUCGACAUUACAACAUGCUUUCACAGUCAAUCUUUGUAUGUUGCUUAAACAAAAUAUUCCUUCAGCAUUUAUCAUUUUUUGUAUUGCUCAAAUCAAAAAUGGUUUGUGUAUAUACACCUUUUCCCCCGCAUUUUUUUAAUUUUAAAUGUGGACCCCUUUUUUUGUAUAUGUGGUGUUAUCGAUUUUUUUAAAGAUCUCUCACGAUUUACCAAACAUAAUUUUUCAAAGUGUGUUUUUUCAAAAACAACUAUUUUUUAUUGGCUUUCUUCACUUUUGUUAUUGCUUUCAGUAUAAUAGAUCUUUGGGGUUCGAAAUUUGGGUUUGUUCUUAGAAACAUAACCCUUAAUGGGAUAUGAAAGGUCUUUGAAAAUAACCCCCCAUUUUCAAGGACAAUUUUUGAAUAAUCUUCAUGAUAUAAAAUGCGUUUAAAAUUGUAUUCAAUUAACAACAGAAAAAACUGCUUUAACAAUUAUAUAAGUACAAAUUUCACUGUACAGGAAACUUGUAAAGCUGUGUGGACAUUUCGCGCUCAUUUUAUAGAGCUCAUAAAAUAGUGCCUUAAAAUGAUAUCCUCCAUGUGCCUUUUAAAACAAGCAAUCAAAAGCAGUAUUCAAUUGUCUGGGUGAUGGGACUGGUGUCUGGGUCAUGGACCCCAAGUGAUUCUUGGGGUCCAUGUUUCCCAAUACAUUUAAAUCAGUGCCUUAUUAAUACACCGUGUCCGAAAAGCCUUUGACAAAGUUUAAAGAUUGUUGGCAUUUUAUGUUUCAAUUACUUUUUGGACACCCUGUAAAUCUACGAGCAUCUUACAUCAAAUGAAAUUUAUCUGCAAAACUCUUGAAGUAUCUACUGUUUCCUUCACGCUGAGUAUAGUGUAAGUAAAGUUUUUGUUUCUAAGUUUGAGAAUCAAUUUAAAAUUGAUUCUUUCUUUUUGUUUUCUUUUAUCGGUUUUGACACAGCAACAGUAUCUGAAAACUUUGUUUUGUAAAUUAGUUUUGGAGAAAAUUGUGCACCUUUUACGAGCAAAAGAGAAAAAUUUAAAGUGUUCAUGCUUUCUCAAUUUUUUAUAUAAAUGCGUUGCUUUAUUUGUGUUAUAUCCAUUGUAAUUCAGCCAAAUUGUUUUAUGCAUUUUUGUUAAUAUUUCGUGCCAAUGCGAAUAUUUUUGUAUGUAAUUUUGUUUUCAUACAGCAAUAUUGAAGUAUAUUUUUUCUCAAAAAUUUAAACAGAUGUACUACUACAGCUUCUCUCCAUGUCUCUUGUUUUAAAGUUAGAGUUUCUUAAUUGGUUUCUGCUUAAUUCUUUGCAUUAAGAGUAGAAUUUGGAAGAUUUUGAACUGCAAGCCAAACAAAGAUUUCAUUAUGAAGCACACAUAUUUUUUAUGUUUUUAAUAUUAGAAGUUCUUUCAAAGAGUUGAUUUUUUAUUAUGUUGUUGAUGUGAUGGAAAUCGUUUCAAUACAUUUUGAUAUAAACUUUGCAUUUCUUCAUUUUUCAUUUUGUGUAUAUAUAUAUUUCAUUUCUGGAUGUGCCAAGACAUGAAGAAUCAUAAAACACUGUUCAUAAAUUUUAAUUCAUGAAAAUUCAAAAAAUGUGUAGUAAAUAAUUCGCGCUAUAAAGAAAAAACUUUUCGGAUUUAUCGCUAAACGUACCUUAGUAUGUAAAGUUGUUUAAUUAUUUUUAGGUCAAGUCAUAUGAAAUUUGUUUUGCGUUCUCAUUAUACCCAUUGUAUUUUAUUUAGAUUAAAAUCAUAAACGUGUGGAAAAUCUUCCAUACUUGCACAUUUAUUUUUGAUUUGCAAUUCUUCGAAUUGUGUCAUAACAUAAUUCGAUAUAAUGAUAAAAUAUCAAUUUUAAUUCCUGAAAAAGAUUAUCUAGUUUACAUUUCUUCAAUAGUAUUUUACAGUAACGUACAAGGUACAUAUACCUUUAGUUCCGUUUAGUUCAGUUAAAAAGAGUUGCACAAAGAAAAUAAGUUAGUUUUUGAAAAUGCUAACAGAUUUUUAGCACAUAAGUUUCUUUUAAAAUUUUAUCUUUGCUUUCAUGAAAAUAUUACACCUAUUAGUUUUAAGUCGUAACUGAAAAAGUUUUCAAAAAAAAAAAAAAAAAAAUGCAUCAAAAGUUCACAGGCCCAGUUUCGAUCAGAAAUGUCGCAACGCAAAAUGUUUUUUCAAAUAUUAAAUCAUCAUUUUGUGUCACUUAAAUCUAAUUUCGAAAUGCAUGAUUUUAUUAUUUAUGCCACAAUAAGUGGGAUAGUUGAGAGUUUACUGUAUAAUGCUUUAAAGAGGCAGCUUUUUCGUUUAUUUUUUUGUGUUCUCUGUUCUAAAGUUGAAAUGAGUCUCUUAUAAUUUUAAAGCAUCGUUAACAUUUAUGCAAUUUCGAAUGGAAAUGAGGUUGAAUCUCAUUGGACGACCAUUAUGGAUGUGUCAAAACAAUCAAAUUCUAUUGAGAUCUAAUUAUAUAUAUUUCACAUAACGAUAAUAUUACCGUAGAAUUAUGCAAAAAAUGUACUUUUCAAAUUCAAGCAAUAAACUUGAAACUUGUAUACAAUUUAACAGUUUUAUAAUGUUACAAUUUAACAGUUUUAUAAUGUGUAUUUUAAAGUUUUUAAGUGAAGUUGUCUUCCUAAUUGUUUUGAAGCAAUCGAUUCAUUUUGUCAUUUUUCUUGAAAAAUUUAUCUUAAAUGUACCGAAUUAGUGUCAAUUGCACGCAUCUCAUUUCAAAAAAUUAUAAAAUUGUAUGUGAUGUUUUAGUCUUCAAAUAUUUUGUAAGUUGUGUUUCAAUAAAAAUACUUUUAAACAGUUCA